UAUGGCACACACCCACCAAACACCAAAAAACUACAGACUGCAGUAUUGAUUGUGUAGUUGAGAAGCUGUGUUGAAAUCGUUCUGAUUUCAUCUCAAUUAUUGGAAUGAAUUUGAAUAUGAGGGUUCUCCUUCCUACAUUACUAUUGGGAGUGGUUGCCGCCAUCUCCAUUGACGAUAUACGCCCUCAGUUGACCAAAACGUGGCUGGGCGACAUGAACUUGCUGAACGGUCGCAACUGGAACGUGCAACGAGCUCCCUGUCGCAACGACCGCGCCAUUCUGCCUGUCAGUCUGGAGUUGGCCGUACGACUGCCGGACGGCGAAACGUCGCUGCGACAGUUGGUGUUGCCGCGUGACGGAGAAGUGCUGCUGCCCAAGGUAGGAGCACUCACUGUCGGCGACAGCGACAAGCUACAGUCCGGUGUUAGCAGCUGUCCGGGUGAAGGUAAGAGCAUAGAAAAUACAGUCAAGUAUACCUAUACUCUGGUAAGAGAAGAUAGAUCAAAAUAUAAAUUUGAGUACCCUUUUUAAAUUAAUUCGGCACGACUUGUUUCGGCUACUAAUACCAUUUUCAAGUCAAAAG